UUGUCCUCCCCCGGCCCCUGGAAACGGGGUCACCAUGGUGAUAGGUCGGGGGGUCAGAGAUCAGAGGUGGGCCUGCGCGAUGGCGUUGCCUCUUGCCUCCUCCGGCCGCCGCCUCCUGCAGCAGCUUCCCCCCCGCGGGGCCUGGGGCACCGUCCGCCGCGGCCCCAGCAACCGCUACAGCUACAGGCAGGGCCAGAGCCCGGAGCCCAGGAUCCGCGAGUAUUUCUACUACAUCGACCAUCAGGGCCAGUUGUUCCUUGAUGACACCAAAGUGAAGAAUUUCAUCACCUGCUUUAAAGAUAAACAGUUCCUCGUUUUCUUCUUCAAGCAACUCAGGAAAAACUCCACCGGCCGGUACCAGGAGUUCCCCUACGUGUCACUGUGUGGCCGUGAGCGUAACUUCCUGCGCUGUGAUGACCUUCCUGUCGUCUUCACCCACCUGAUCAAAGGAGACGGCUCGGAGCAGGAGCUGCUGUCCUACUGCGGGGGUGGGGACAAGCUGGCUGUGCCCUUUGAACCCCAGCGGUUGUUCAUGCCGGAGAAUGGCCGCGUCUAUCACCCGGCCCCGGAGAGGUCAGGUGGCGUGGGGCUGGUCAAAUCCUCCCUGGCCUUUGAGCUCAGCCCCCAGUUUGAGUACAGUGACGGUGGACCUGACAGUGGCCCACCAUCACAUUUCCACUGGAACGGUCAGCGUUACAGACUGACCAACGAACUCUCCUCGAUCAUCACAGGUAGAAAACCAGCCUAGCAGCAGCCUGGCUUUCCAUGCUUAUGAUGGGGUUGUGUGCUGUCAAUAACAUCUAAUCAGGGUCACAGUGGACUGUUGGAAAAACGAAAUAUUGUAAUUAUAAACCCCACCCUCCCCAUACCCACUACAUUGAAGGCUAUGUGAAAGGAACUGUAACUGGCCAGCUGCUAGGGAAACUGUACAUCUCUGCAACCUGGAGGUAGAGGGCAAUACAAUUGCUGCUCAGCUCCCCAUCCAAGCUGACUGUGAUUUACUUGUCUUCUCACAGUUGAAUUGUCAAUAAUCGACCAGGUAAGGUACCACGCAGCAUUGCUUCUUUUCAUAGAACAGUACAGGCCCUUCCACCCUUGAGGUUGUGCCGGCCUUUUAUCCUAAAUGUGCAUUGGCUUGGAAAUCAUUAUUCCGAGAGCGUUGGUACAACAAUAUUUUCUCUCCCUAUGCCAUGCUCCCUAUCCAGUUUGUAUCUGCAGCCAUUCCACCAUCCUCUCAGAGAGAGGGAGAGAGCACAUGCCCAGCAGUGUACUCACUACGGCUGAAUGUCAGAGCAAAGCCUCCAGUGAACACUGCACAUUUCCAAUUUGACUGAGAGCCUGAGGUGGGGGGAAGAGAAGGAGCGGGGCUGUGGUUGAAAAUCUUAACAAGUACCGAGCAGGGAUUGAACCUGGGAUCUGCUGCUGUUUGCAGCAUGAUGUGACCUUCUGAAUCUCAACACCAAAUAUCUUCAGCAUUCCUUAUGGGUUUGACUGUGGAGCCAUUAAAAUGCUUAGCAUUGCAGGCGUGGGUGUGUUUCACUGAGACUGUCAACAUGCAUUUCUGUUGGAAGCCUCAGAUUUGUGUAUUCUGAAGAAAGAAUUCAGUGUCACUGCACAUUUCCAGUCACACGUGCUACUGUCUGUUUAAGUGCCAACUGACAUCAGUCACUGAAAAUGUCUGGUCAUGCAUGUAGCAGUCAGCAGGUGGAAGUACUUUAUCACAAUGCUCAUUUCAACAGAACUCUUGAAUACUUCAUUCUACCAAUACAAUAAAGAAAAUUGUUUUAAUAUUGAA